AUGUUCAACCGAAAUGCAAUGGACGCCCACCGGAUACGCCGUGACGGUGCACCCCGCACUGGCCCAGUAGACGGGACAGCGGCACGUGAAAAAUUCGUCCACGGUGACAACAAGUCCCGUCCUCCCCAAAGGGAGCGGCGAUGUCGCGUGCGAUCGAAUUUCACCACAACAGAGGGGCUUUUGUGCAUCGCGGGCAGCGCUAAGAACAAAAAGAAACAACGUGUUAGCGGCACUCCGCGAUGCAAUUCCUGCCGGCACCGGCUUCUAAUUAAGCCGGCCAGCGCGCUAGACCCCCGUUUAAUUGUGAACCGGGCCGGCGGCUGCGGGGACGCUGCGCAAGCGCGGCUCACCGGCGGCUGGUCGGCGAGCGGUGCCAAAUUUCGUGAAACCGCCGGUAAUUGCGAGACAAUGCGAUGCGAGUCA